UUUAGAAAUAUGUUACCGGAUAAUAUUGUGAAGUCCAUGACACACCAGGUGGCUACCCGCAUCGUCAGUACAACCGUGAUACGGAACACGAGUAACCUAAACCAGACGGAUAUGCAACCCGAAACAGUUGAAAAAGCGGUUCUUGUCUCCGUCGACUCAACCAAUGUGUUAGGUCUCAUUGUUUUCUCCAUUGCGUUCGGACUGUGCAUUGGUCAAAUCGGCGAGCGAGGUAAAGUGGUUGUGGAGUUCUUCCGUGCCGUAGAGGAAGUGGUGAUGAAGCUUAUUUAUAUUAUCAUGUGGUACGCUCCUUUGGGUAUUUUCUUCCUGGUGAUGGGAAAAAUAUUGGAAUUGCCUGAUCUGUUGGGUGCCAUCAGAGGACUUGGCUUAUUCAUGGCCACUGUCACGGCGGGUCUAAUCAUUCACCUCUUCAUCAUCCUAACGCUGAUCUACUUGGCUAUGACCCGCAAGAACCCUUACACCCUUUUCGGUGCAAUGCUACCGGCAUUUUUUACUGCUCUUGGUACGGCUUCCAGUUCUGCUACAUUACCAAUCACUUUUCGGUGUUUGGAGGAACGGCUUCAAAUUGAUACCCGUGUGACCAGGUUUGUCUUGCCGAUUGGCGCAACAAUGAACAUGGAUGGGACCGCGUUGUAUGAAGCUGUUGCUAGUAUUUUCAUCGCUCAGGUGAACGAUUUCAACCUGGAUAUUGGUCAGCUUGUGACCAUCAGUGUGACAGCCACUCUGGCAGCAAUCGGAGCCGCAAGCGUGCCCGGGGCUGGAUUGGUGACAAUGGUUCUCGUGCUGACCUCCGUGGGAUUACCUGUCAACGACAUUAGCUUGGUUCUUGCAGUGGACUGGUUGCUGGACAGAUUUCGAACAGCCGUCAACGUGAUGGGUGAUUCGUUCGGAGCAGGCAUUGUGGCUCAUUUGUGUCGCAAAGAGUUGGCAGAAAAUCCAGCAACAAGCAAAUCCUCCGUGAAUGCUGCUACAGCCUUUGAAGGUGUCAUCUAUCGGUUGAACUCAGACAUGGAGCUGAAGCGGUAUGAAAACGCGGAUGAGACAGAAACACGGAACUUCUAACAUCCCCAUGUGUCACUAACGUAACUUAUCUGCUUGUGUUCAUUAUAUUAACCAAUCUUUUUUGAUUGUGGAUUUUUUCCACAUAGCAAAACGAUUACCUUUCGGUUCUUCUAUUUAAUGUUUGAAUUGGUAAAAUUUGGACGGGCCUCGCAUUGACACCG